AUUGCUAGCUCUCGUUUUCCAACCAUUUCUCACAAUUUGAGUCGCGGUCUUGACAACUUCGAAAGACAAGACCGGAAGCACUGCGUCUUCACGACCGCGGACUUGACCGCGUAGCACGGUGGAGGUCCCGGCUGUGAGCACAUGCACAGAUCCGGGAGCGGCUCACACUGAUCGCCCACUUGGAGGCAGAGGACGACGUGAGACGGGGGAAGCAAACAAAGCCAAGAUGGCAUCAGCCAGAGAGGAGAGAGACGCGGCCGACCAGAACUUCGACUACAUGUUCAAGCUGCUGAUCAUCGGCAACAGCAGCGUAGGGAAGACGUCCUUCCUGUUCCGCUACACGGAUGACUCGUUCACGUCCGCCUUUGUCAGCACGGUGGGCAUCGACUUUAAAGUCAAGACCAUCUACAGGAACGACAAGCGCAUCAAGCUGCAGAUCUGGGACACAGCGGGUCAGGAGCGCUACCGCACCAUCACCACAGCUUACUACAGAGGAGCGAUGGGUUUCCUCCUCGUAUAUGACAUCACAAGUCAGGACUCCUUUGUGGCGGUACAAGACUGGGGAACGCAAAUCAAGACGUACUCGUGGGACAACGCCCAGGUGGUGCUGGUUGGGAAUAAGUUGGACUUGGAGGAAGACAGGCAGGUCCCAACCGAAGAUGGUCAGAGACUCGCUACAGAGCUCGGCUUUGAGUUCUUCGAGGCCAGCGCCAAAGAAUGCAUCAACGUGAAGCAGGUUUUUGACAAGCUGGUGGACGUCAUCUGCGACAAGAUGAACGACGGCGUCAGCAGUGACGCCUCUCCAUCGCCCAAUCACAAGGAAGCCGGCUUGAAGGACACUCCUCGCGGCAUCCAGGGGGGCUGCACAUGCUGAUGGCCAAUACGCUCGCACACACACAUUGCUAAGCUUGUCGACUUAUUCUUCCUCAAUCGGGCCUUAUUUAAAUGUGACUGUUACACUGAAAUACCAAAGAGCUGCUUAGCGGACACGUGCCUUUGACCUUGCCCCUUAUUUAUCACUUUUGUGUGUGUGGAAGCAGGCACCUGUUGCAGGCAAACAUAUGGACCAAACCGGAGAGCAGUGAGGAUCACAGUACUUGUGUCAUGCCGCCACCUUGUGGCUGUGUUAGGAAGUUGCAUAACCGUGACGUCAAGGUACAAGGGGAGCUCAUUGUUGAUGUCAUUGUCUUGGAAUGUUUUGGGGGGGGUUUCCACUGUAAAUGGUCACUGAUAAGACAAUAUUUCUUUUGCCACCUGUUUCUUUUAUUUCCGCCUUCAAAUUGGGGAAUUUAAAGGGUGCUUUACACUAUGUCUGCUGUUAUGUUUUGGAAUAAAAUACUUAUCAUAUUUUUAAAAAUUUUUUGUUGUACAUUGUAGUAUUUAUUACCAAAAUGACCGCGCUUUUGGGAUUUCUCCUACCCAAAAAGUAGGUCCAACUUAUUCCUUCCUUGUUUUAAUAAUCCAAGAUGGAUAGAUGACCUUAUUUCAGUAUAUUAUGGAGUUGCUUGUGUACUGUAUGUGCCGUGUUUAUUUUAUUGGCCUCCAAUUUGAAAUGACCCAGUUGACGUGGUCCAGAUAAGAAAUCUUUAAUCGGUAAGUCCAUUUUUCUAUUUUCAUUGCGCAUCAGCUGUAAAUGCUUGUGGUUGCGUCGUAAAUGUUGCCAUGCCAAAAGGGACUUUGACCACCAGGAAAUGUUGCUUAUCUGCCAGGC